ACUGCUGCAGUCACCAACUGAACUUGGCGUUGACAAAGUCUUGUAAUGUGUCUGAAGUUCACUGCAUGCUUUCCGACUUGAAGGCUGUUGGGCUCUUCUUCAAGUACUCCCCAAAACGGCAACGUACAUUAGAGCAGAGUGUUGAACAAGAAAACACCAAGCGGACAUCUGCCGGUGAAAAGCCAAUCAGAGCUCAGAAGCUAAAGCUACUGUGUGAAACUCGCUGGGUAGAACGGCAUACUGCCUUAAAAGACUUCAGAGAUAUGUACUUUGCCUUAGUCCACUGCCUCCAAGUUAUUUCAGGCCAGAUCAUUGCCACUCCAACUGCUGCCUCUAAGUACGAUGCGAAGUCUGUCACUGAGGCAAAUGGCCUCCUCCGCUCGAUAACGUCAGAUUCAUUCAUCGUAGCUCUGCACUGCUGCACAUAUCUGUUCGGUUACACAAAGUGUCUGAGUGUUCUACUGCAAGGAUCGCAAUUGGAUGUGCUGGAGGCAUAUGGUGAAAUCAACCAAGUUCUAGGUCUGUUAGAAGAGAUCAGAAGUAACAGUGAGAGAGAAUUCUCUUCAAUUUUCGCCUCUGCAUCAGCAGUUACAUCCCGUGUCUUAGACCAAGACCAUCCACAAGUUCCUCGCUUAGCUGCACGACAGACACUACGCAGCAAUCAUCCUGCAUCAACUCCAGAGAGCUACUGGCGGAGAGUUGUCUUCAUUCCAUUCAUUGACAGCAUGAUCAGUGAACUUGGCAGUAGGUUCACUGACAUGAGCCAUGCAUCAGUGCAAGGACUGCUGCUCCUGCCAAAACACUGCCAGAGCCUCACUCCUCACCACCAGGCAGCUAUCCUGAAGGCUUAUGCUCCAGAUUUGCCUGAUGACUCAACUUUCGAGGCCGAGAUACGCCGAUGGAAGAGGAAGUGGGAGUAUGCAGGUGCUGCUACCUUACCAACCGGUGUUAAAGAGACGCUGGGUGCUGUGAAUGAAGUGGCAUAUCCCAACAUUGUCUGCAUUCUUCGCCUGUUGUUGAUAAUACCCGUCACCACAGCCACAGUUGAAAGAGCGAACUCUGCACUAAAGCUGAUCAAAACAGACCUGCGGAGCACGAUGGCACAAGACAGGCUAAAUGCGCUAGUGCUCAUGUUUGUCCACAAGGACUUGUCUGUCAACCAUGAGCGUGUGAUAGACUCUUUGCGAAGGCAUAUCCGAGACGCUUGCUGUUUCUGGAUCCAACUGCUACAACAGAAGAAGCACAAUCACAGUGACGGUGACAUUGUUUUCAGUGAUGGUUGUAUUGUCGGUCCAUCAGAUUUCUUCUUCAGUUCUGAAUCAGUGAGGUUACUUUUCCACACUCCUCUGUUUUCUGAUGUUAUACAUCAACCUGUUUUGCAUGUGUUGAGUAAAGUGAAAUAUAGUUAUAAUAUGAAAAUAUCGCAAACUCGACCUCAUUUGAACUGA